GGAACAAGAAAAAAUCCUCUUAUAUUUGAAGACAACAUUUAUGGUGAAAUUGUCAUUGAUCAUCCAUUGAUUAUAAAAAUUGUAAAAACACGUCAAUUUCAAAGACUAAAAGAUAUCACACAAUUAGGUUUGACGUAUCAAAAUAUAGCAAAUUAUUCAAGACUUCAACACAGUAUUGGAAUGUAUUUUCUUGCUGGAGAAUAUGUUAAGCAGCUUCAAAGGAGACAACCUGAGCUGGAUAUUACUGAUUCUGAUGUUUUGUGUGUACAAAUUGCUGCUCUUUGCUUUAACCUGGGUUAUGGGCCUUUCUCUUAUACUUUUGAAUUGUUUUUGGAUGAAAUAUACAAAGAAGAACAGAUUCAAAGGCCUUGGAGUAAUGUUUCUAAAGCAUCAGUUUUGAUGUUUGAAUAUAUGCUACAAGAUAAUGAAGAUUUAAUGGCUUCUUUUAAAAGAUAUUUUGAUAAUCCUAAAGAAGAUACCAAUACAUGUAUUACCUUCAUCAAAGACCUUAUGAGAGAAAAAAGGAAAGCACAGCUUGAUGAGCUUAUUGAAGACAAAGAAUUUUUAUCAUAUUGAAUGAAAGUCAAAUGAAUGUCAAAGUAAUCGAUUACACAACAAGAGAUGCUGCAGUAUUGGGAACUAAAAUCAAUUUCAAUUGG